AUGGAAAGUCUUAAAGAUAAGGUGGUCCUUAUAACAGGAGCUAGUUCUGGAAUUGGACGUGGUACGGCUGUUCAUUUUGCUAAACUCGGAUCCAAAUUGUCUCUUCACGGACGAGAUGGAGCUACAUUGGAAGAAACAGCUACUCUUUGUAUAGAAGCUGGAGCCGGCAAAGAGAACAUCCUCACUGAGCUGGGAGACGUGAGAGACGAGUCUAUCAGAGAGAAAAUCAUCAAUAAGACGAUAGAGAAGUUUGGACGUCUGGAUGUUCUGGUGAACAAUGCAGGGGUUCUCUGUUGGUUGCCAGCUCUACAAACACCAAAGGAUAACUUCGACAUUGUAAUGGACACCAAUCUUAAAGCACCGUUUGCUCUGACCAAACUGGCAGCGCCACAUCUUAUCAAAUCAAAAGGAAGUAUAGUCAACGUGUCCAGUCUAGGUGGAGCUAGGUCGUUUCCCCUGAUAGGAGUAUAUUGUAUGAGUAAAGCUGCCUUAGAUAUGUUUACUGAAUGUAUUUGUUUAGAGUUGGCUCCACAAGGCGUUCGAGUAAAUUCCGUAAAUCCAGGAGUAGUAAUUUCUCAAAUUCAUCAACGUGCAACUGACAGUCCAUAUAAAUCAGACGAAGCUUUUGCACAGUUCAUCACUGAGCAAAAUAAUCUACAUCCUUUAGGACGAGUUGGUGAACCAGAAGAUGUAGCUCAAGCAAUCGCUUUCCUGGCCUCGGAUCAAUCCAGUUUUAUCUCUGGACAAACUUUAUUUUUAGAUGGUGGACGUCACUGUUUGUAA